CCAAUCACAAUAAGUUAUUUCGAUAUAUUGGGAACGUGGCUUUAACGAAAAACAUUUGACAUUUGACAGUAUUGACAGACAGAUGACAGAUUGAUUCAAUGGCGUUUUGUUAGAGGACAAUAACAUUUAUUUAAUCCAAUUUUCUAAUAUAGUUUGCAUUUUAAAUAGUUUUUUCUUAUUAAAAAGCUAAUAUUCCAUUACAGUUUCCAUAGUUGAGAGAUUCAACAAUCAGCUGUUUGCUCUUAAAAGUGUGAAUUUUUGGUUUUAUUAGUGUCAGUAUGAAACACUAUUUUUUGUUCCAGUAGAUUGUACGAAAUUUUUGUGACAAAAAAACAAGAGACCUUUGUCAAUUUCGUUAUGCUUGAAAGUAGUUUGCUUAAUAAGAGAUAGCCAUGGCGAAUUUGAACUUUACAAGGAAUAUUGGAGGUAACAGUAUUGGACGAACGAGUGUUAGUUUCGGUAGUAAUUCUAUGUCAGGACAUGUUACCCCAGUUUUCGGACAAAGAACACCUUCGGAAAGGAGGGGCCUUCCUUCUUUGGGAAACUCGAAUCAAAUGGGUAACAUGAACACGCUGGGAGGUUAUAGUUCCUUUAAUUCAGUUUUCGGUUCAGGUGAUACCAAUACUCCAUCUCUAUUAGACUUAAGCGAGUUUCCGUCGUUGACGAACAGAAACUCAGGUGAUAACGUCCCGCAACCGAGCCCGAUGCCCGGCGCGAAACCCUACGUGGGCAUGGUGAAACAGCCCAUAUCCGAGGCCAGCGAGUUUACCAUGUCCUCCGAAGACUUUCCCGCGCUGCCCGGCACCCAGAACAGGGACGGUGCGUCGCCCGGUAGUAAUAAUUCUGGUGAUAAGAAUACAAGUGGAGGUGCUGGGGAUGGAGUGAGUUCGAGGGAAGGAGAAAAGAAUGGUUCAAAAUCAGGUAUCCAAACGUCGCCGGACGGCAGGGUGACGAACAUCCCCGGCAGCAUGGUGAACGACCAAUUCGGCAUUGUCGGCCUGUUGACGUUUAUCAGGGCGGCGGAGACCGAUCCGAAUUUAGUGUCGCUCGCCCUCGGCCAAGACUUGACGGCGCUCGGACUGAAUCUCAACUCGCCCGACAACUUAUAUCCGACCUUCGCGGGGCCCUGGGCGGAACACCCGUGUCGGCCGCAGGACAUCGAUUAUCACGUGCCGCCUGAGUAUCUUAUCAACCACGCCAUCAGGGAUAAACUUGCUUCUAUGAAGUUGAGUCGAUAUAAAGAUGACUUGUUGUUUUUCAUGUUUUACAAUAACGUUGGUGAUAUACUUCAAAUUGCAGCUGCCUCAGAAUUAUACAGCCGGGAGUGGAGGUACCACACGGAGGAGAAAGUCUGGAUCACGCAGGUGCCUGGCAUGGUACUAAUGGAAAAGACAUCGACUUACGAGAGAGGGACUUACUACUUCUUCGACGCGCAGAACUGGCGGAAGGUAGCGAAAGAAUUCUAUUUGGAUUACAGCAAACUCGAGGGUCGGCCCGUCAUGAACCAAAACCUCCAUCACAACUCAUGAAAGUUCUUGAACGACAUGACACUGCUUCCUGAAUAAAUGAAAGUGUAUAAUUGUGUUAAAUGGGGUCGUAGCGUUUCGAAAAGCGUAUCGCGUGCGUCUCUUUUGAACGGAAUCGGCGUCGACCAGAGUUUUUUGUUAAAUUAUAGGAAAAUUUUGUGAUUAAAAUUAUCGUUUAUUAGUGAAUGUUGGGUUUUGUAAUUACAUAUAAAUUUUUUCAAAGGUUGUAAGUGUUUAUACACACUGAUAGAUAAAGAAAAGGAACGAA